UUCUCCCUGGUCUGCUGAAGGGGCUGGCAGCAGUUGGCAGGGCCCCAGAAGUUGGGUCAUGAAUGAACACUGCAGUCUCUCAGGCAGAAUGUGACAUGUGCUGGGGGCAGUCUCAGUGCUGGGCUCCCACCUCUGCUAUCUCCAUGUUGCUGCAUAGAGUGGCACCCCCUAGAACCUCCCCCAUCACUGGCAUCCCCUGGCAGGCGCAAAGCAUAGCUCUGUGGAGACCACCAGACGAUUUCUCCCCAGCCUCCCCCACUGGUUUAUGGUCCAGUUUCUCAGGAAGGAAAUUACCAGAUGGCCUGGCUAACUGGAAAGACAGCCUAGCCCAGGUCAGAGGGUGGAAACCAAAUCAUUGUUCACUGGCUACAGGAAGUCCAUCUUCUCCAACUGCAAGGGGAACAGGAAGGAAGAUGCAGGGAGACAGGAACCUGGGAAGCCUGUGAGUACAGCCACACCCACAUGCUAUGGGGGCCAGCCUCCUCAGUUCCCUUCUGUGGGUAGGGAGAGCAGUUGGCUGAGACCACUGGACUCGCUGGGAUAGUACUGUUAGGUGCCCACAGCCUCAACAGGGGGAACCCACUGGAGGGUGCCCCAAGUGGAACUGACUGGAUUGAGGGUCCCCAAGGCCAGAGUUCUACAGCCAAGCACAGAGACUUGCUAUGGUUCUGGGGCCUUGCUUGCUGCUCCCAGCUGUCAUUAGGCUAUCCCCAGCUGUUCCUCCCCAAGCCGCAGCCCACACCUUAAGGUGGCCACAGGGACAUUCCCAGGGCAGAGAAGCUGGGACGGAUGCUCUAGUGACAGUGUCAGACCUACGCCUCUGACGUGGUUGGUGCAGCCUACCCAGCCGCUCUGCUCUUGGGCUCUCCCUGCUGUGCCUGCUGGGAGGGGCAUCUCCAGGAGCAACAUCAUAGCAAGCCUUGAAGAAUAUCACUUCUACAAGAUAAAUGACAGCAAGUAUGAUUCUGCCUUUUUAAUUUUUUUCAUCUGAAAUACAAGUUCUGAUGAGUAGGAAAAUUUUGAACAGCAGCUACCCGCUAGCUGCUAGACAAAGCUUAUCAGGUGUUCCACACUCACAAGCUGGCGAGACGCACCUCUGAGGUACAUGCAGCCUGGAUAAACAGCACAGCGCAGCUCUCAGACCCAGGCCAUUGCAGGCAGCACAUGAACAUGGAGGGAAUUCUACCCAGACAGACACUACGCUGUUCCACAUGACGCUUUCCCUAAAGCCCAGCUGCUCGCCCAGUGUGGGCCCUGAGCCCUAUCUCCUGCCCCACUUCUCACUGCAGGCCAUUAGCAGUCCGGGCAGCUGCUGUGCCCACCAGGCUGCAUGGGGGUCACGGAGGGCAAGCAGUCCUGCCAGGUCACAGCACUGUUGCCAAGUAGUAGCUCUCCCCUGCUCUUGUGGCCCCGGACGGGUCACAUGCACGCACAUCUGGAAAUGCACGUGUGGGAGGCUUUGGACCCCCUGCCCCAGCUCUGGUGUUUUCAAUUCUAAGCCAGCUCUGUGCUCUGUGCCACCACUGUGCCUUCAAAGAGCCUUGUGUGUCCCUGGGCCUGCAGUGAAAGCAGCCAGCAUCUCUAUGGCGGAGUCUCAGAGAGGUCCAACUAUUUUGUCCUUAGUUCUACAGACAAAUGUCUGUUCAGUUCACUUCCUCAAGGGAAAAUGGAACUCAGGACUGAACUAAACUGCUCCGGGUCCCAGGACCUGAGCUGCCUGUACCUAACCUGCAGGCCCUCCCUGCCCAGGGGCUGGAUGCUCUUCAGGGCAGAUACAGAACACUCCUCCACCCACCCACCCCCGCCCCAGCACAGUGCAGAGGAUGUGAGCACACUUGAUCUGGAGGGCAGGCUGUCCAAGUGCCGCCUCUCCUCCCGAAACCAGCUGUAAACACAGAUAGGGAGGGGCCUCCGUGCCUGCCAAGGGAGGCAGCAACUUUGUGAGUAAUUGACUCAGGCAAACAAGUGUGGCAGGAGUUGUGUGUGGUGCUCACGAGCAUCGCUGGCUGGGGCUCCUGAGACACAGGCCCUGGCCCGGCAUGCUGCCUGCUGCUGGCCUCUGGAGCCCACAGCACAGAGGAAGGAGGGACUUGUAAUAAAGCUGCGAAGCUGGGGUGAGCUGCCAUGUGGAGCUGUGGCCCACUCAACAGCACAGUGUGGGCUGAGGAGCCACUGUGCCGGAACCUGCGCCUGGGGCUGUGGGUCCUCUCGCUGCUCUACCUGGGGGCAGGGGUCCCUGUGAGCUUAGGCUAUAAUGCUCUUCUAGUGCUGGCCAACCUGGCCAGCAAGAACACCAUGACCAUGCCUGACGUGUACUUCGUGAACAUGGCCGUGGCAGGGCUGGUGCUCACGGCACUGGCACCUGCGUACCUGCUGGGCCCUGCCCACUCCAGGUGGGCCCUGUGGAGCCUCAGCAGUGAGGCCCAUGUGACACUACUCAUCCUGUUCAACGUGGCUUCCCUGGUGACCAUGUACUCCACUGCACUGCUGAGCCUUGACUACUACAUCGAGCGUGCCCUGCCACGCACCUACAUGGCCAGUGUGUAUAACACCCGGCACGUGUGUGGCUUCGUCUGGGGAGGGGCGGUGCUCACCAGCUUCUCCUCCCUGCUCUUCUACAUCUGCAGUCACGUGUCUUCUAGAAUCGCUGAGUGUGCCCGGAUGCAGAACACGGAGGCAGCCGAUGCUAUCCUUGUGCUCAUCGGCUACGUGGUGCCAGGUCUGGCUGUGUUGUAUGCCCUGGCACUCAUCUCGAGGAUCGGGAAGGAAGACACGCCCCUGGACCAGGACACCAGCAGGCUGGACCCCUCGGUGCACAGGCUGCUGGUGGCCACCGUGUGCACUCAGUUUGGCCUCUGGACACCUUACUACUUGAGCCUGGGGCACACGGUGCUGACGUCACGGGGGAGGACCGUAGAGGGGCAUUAUCUGGGCAUCCUACAGGUUGCCAAGGACCUGGCCAAGUUCUUGGCCUUCUCAAGCAGUUCUGUGACACCGCUGCUCUACCGUUACAUCAACAAAGCCUUCCCCGGCAAACUCCGGCGGCUGAUGAAGAAGAUGCACUGUGGGCGCCGCCACUGCUCCCCCGACCCCUCGGGGAUACAGCAGGUGAUGGCACAGGCGUAGCUAACCCUUCCUGGGCUGACGUCCUGGAGAGGGCCUGACCACGAGGAACGCUAAAACUCAACUGGACACAUAGCACUUUGUUCCCCAGGCACAUGGCGCUUCCAGCCCAGGAGACAUGCUGAAGCCAGAGAUGCACAGCAGGGCAUUUCUCUUGACAUUUUCUGUUUUCCCCUAAAAGGCCAACCUUGGUCUUAUGCUGCAUGGUGGAAAGCAGAGGUGCCCUGUGUGAACAGGCUGCUUCUGACUAACCUUCCCACCUUCUCCCUCAAGGUGUGUGCCUUUCUCCCAGGGACAUCUUCAAGGUCCAUGUCCUCAAAAGCAGGCUGACCUUCGACCUCCCUGGUAUUUGGGCUUUCUAAAUGAAGCGAUGAAAUCUAAAGCCAGUAUUUAUACUUCAUAUUGACAUGAUACUUGAUUCUCCCAUUAUGAUUGUUUUAAAAAUAGAAGUGUUAGAAAGAUACCUAGUAUUAAGAAGAAGGCCCUUCAGGGGGACGUGGCUGUCGCUGAUACCAAUGUUACAGCUUGAGGACAGGACAGUGUGCCUGUCAAGCCUGCAGCAGCUACACAGCCAUUGCUGACAGUGACAGCUAUGGAGCACAGGCCCUCUCCUCUACUGAGAGAGGAUCUUUCCAGUGCUUCAACAUAUGCAUAUACAUAAAUGGAAGAAAAAGAAGUGUGUUCUCUUAGUGCCAAAGGCCUUCCAGAGAUCUGGAUGUGGUAGAGGGCUAGCCAGGCAUAGAAGGAAAAGGCAGGAUGGUAUGAGACCACGGCUCCAAGAUGACCAGGGACUGGCAUCAGGGAAAGGGCCCUGCUUGGCCAGUUUCACACAGCUGUGGGUGGCACAUGAGGAGGCUCACCUCCCACAGGUGCCUGGAUCCAGGCCUCACCCACGUGCUUCUGGGGUCUUUUACCAUCCUCAUGUUUGGUAAUUAUCUACUCUAAUGUGGGCAUGAAAAGAAUUCCCACCACCCGAAUUCUCUCGACUACAUGGCAAGCCCACAAGUCCCUGCCCCCAGUUCUAAAGAUCUCCAUGUGACCAUCUCACCCCUGUCUCUACAGAAGGCGGGUGUGUGACCCAUAUUCCAUGGUCUUCCUGCAUGGCUCCAUGGUUGGUCCUAGCUGUCUGGGAACUGCUGCUCUGAGUCAGUAACUUUAGUGUUAUCUAUUCUAUGCAAACUCCAUCUCCUCGGGCGGUGACAGCGCCAGUUAAUCUGCCUUAAGGAGAAUUAGGGAGAAACAUGAGGCCGCAGCCCUAGCUGUGACCUACUGGGCAUGCUCUGUGGGUCUCAGUUCAUGAAUAAACCAAAGGGCUGGGUUAGACAGGCCUCUUCAGAGUUACUUAGGGCUGUAGAAUUUUGUUUUGAGGACUUUAAAUUGGCAAACCUGACUUUCCCGCCCCAGGUGCACAGCUGAGUGAAGGCUCUGAGACGCUAAUGGCUUCCAGGCUUCCCAUCCUGAUAGCCACACUGAACACCUUAACGCUUGCUGAGGAAACAAGAACCCUCACCAUGAAGGUUCUAUCUAGACCUGGCCUGCAGGCCACGGUAAUUCUCCUAUGAGAGCAAGCCCAGGGACCAAGGUCACAUCAAACAGAAGGCAACCUACGCUCUGGGGGUCAGAGAGGAAACAGGCUUCAGGUGGGCAGGGCUAUUUGUGAUGUUGGCAUCCCAGUGUAACAGUCUUUGCCCUGGGGACCAUUUUAUACCACUUACUCCAGGCAGAGGUCCAGAGAGGGGCAGACCCCCAGGUCCAAGUGAGGUUGUAUGCCCUAGAACCCUCCAUCCCAGUCAGCCCCAAGCAUGGUGGAGAGAGACCCAAAUCAUGUUCCUUUGUUGCACUUUUUCGGUCGCAUUAGGUACAAACUGGCGAGGUUCUAGGGGACCCUUGAGGGGUUGGAAGCCAGGACCAGGAAUGUGUGACUGCCAUCAAUUGUAUAGCCAAUCACUGCAUACCUAGGUCUUCCUGGUGGAGCCAUACAUGGCCAGGGUAGUGGCCAUCUGCAGUGCUGACCCCUUCGCUGUAGAGACCCCUGGAGCAAUGCACUCUCCCACCUGGGGCCCCAUUUCCACCACCUGCCUCCUUCUUGCCCCAGCUUUCCAUCACAACCUCCCAAGCUCAGCAGUCACUGGUGCUCAGACAUCUGCUGUCCCUGAUGCUGUGCUAAGUUCAUCACGUGUCCCCAGUGUCUGCUUCCCAAUUCUGCCCUGCACCUUGUACCUCCCAAAGUAGGAAAGAACCUAAACCACACAAAGAAGAGGUUACUGCAACUGCAAUGGUGUGUGUGUGUGUGUGUGCGCGCACACGCGUGCCCAUGUCUAUGUACAUGUGUGUAUGCCCAUGUCUAUGUACAUGUGUGUGUGUGUCACUCAGUGAUGCUUUCUUACAUGAGUUAAGACUCCAGGCAAGACACACAUUUCCCCAAGGCUUCUUAACUUAGCUGUGGACACUUCUUGAUGGUUUUAAUUUACAAUGAAUGCUCUUAUUUUCAUUAACUAGUAAGAAAGCUUGCUAUGUGUCAUUAUUCAGGAUUCCAGAAGGUGACCUUUUUUCUUGGGUUUCCUUCUCAAUGCCACAUGACACGACAUAGGAAACCAGGCCCAUUGCUCACUGGGGCAGAUAUACUCAGGAACCAACAGACACCUGUUCUGUCAGAGAAAGCAUUCGGCAAAGGUCAGACCAGAGAGAACGUCUGACGUUCAUCUGUGUGUCUGGUUCUUGGGUUUAAGCCCGUGGGAAGAUGUGGGUGUUCUGACUCCUUUCCUAUAGGAUCCACCCCAGACGCUGGAUCCAUUUGCCAAAAUUCUGUGAAUGUGAAAAAGAGACUACUGAUGAGAUCCACACUUCUGAAGACUAUUAAAUUAUUUAACACUCAUCA